GCGACGGCGACGGCGACGAGUGCCAUGCGGCGCGCAGCCGGCGUCGCCACCCGCACUGCCACCGGCUCCCCGCCGCUGCUGCUGCCCCUCCUGCUGCUGCUGGCGCUGCUCGCCGGCGCCUCGUCCGCGCCCCGCAGCCACCUCUACGUCGACGACAGAGUGCAAAACUACCUGAUGCGCUACGGCUACCUGCCUCAGUCGGACAAGGAGACGGGCAACCUGCGCACCGAGGAGCAGCUCCGAGACGCGCUGCGCGAACUGCAGAGGUACGGCCACAUUCCGGUGACGGGCGAGCUGGACGAGGAGACGCGCCGGCUGCUGCAGAGGCCGCGCUGCGCCGUGGCCGACGUGCCGUACCGGGAGCAGACGCUGCGCUGGGGCCGCCGCAAACACCGGCACAAGCGCUACUCGCUGCAGGGCAACGUCUGGCCCACCACCAACCUCACCUGGAGUUUGCGGACGAUGGAGCCGCGAGACCUGGACCCCGGCAUGGUGCGCUACCAGCUGGACAGGGCGCUCCGCAUCUGGUCCGACAACUCGCGGCUCACCUUCCGGGAGGUCAACAGCGACCGCGCCGACAUCCUCGUCUACUUCCACCGGUUGUACCACGGGGACGGUUUCCCUUUCGACGGGCGAGGGCAGAUCCUGGCUCACGCCUUCUUCCCGGGAGAAGGGAGAGGAGGAGACGCUCAUUUCGACGAGGAUGAGAUCUGGCUGCUCGGCGAAGAAGACGCUUCGGGACAAGGGACGAGCCUGUUCGCAGUGGCUGCCCACGAGUUCGGCCACUCGCUGGGGCUGCAGCACUCGUCCGUGAAGGGCGCGCUGAUGUACCCCUGGUACCAGGGGCUGUCGCCCAACUACAAGCUGCCCGACGACGACCGCGUCGCCAUCCAGCAGCUCUACGGUGCAAAAGAGCGGCUGUGGGCCAAGAUACCAACAUAUCCGUAUGACCGUGACCGUGAUCGGGAUCGUGGGGCAUGGCCUACCCCACACCCCACAGCGCCUCCAACACAGCCGCCGCCGCCCCCACCGCCCCCACCACCCCCAACACAGCCACCCACACCGCCCCCGACGCCACCCACGCGUCCAACGCGGCCUCCCUGGAGACCGCCGAAGCCGCCCAAGCACGACAAGCCACGUCAUCGCCAGCCACCGCCUCCGCCUCCUACGUACCGCCCCCGCACGCGGCCACCACCCCCCACACUCCCGCCGCCGCGGCCAUCGCCUGCCGAGCCGCGAACGGAAAGGCCCCAAGAAGUCAAGCCAGAUACGUGCAACACCAACUAUGAUGCCAUCUCCGUCAUUCGCAGGGAGCUGUUCAUCUUCAAGGACAAGUAUUUCUGGAGAAUUGGUGAUAGAGGUCUUGAGGAAGGUUAUCCAGCAGAAAUUCAGAGAUUUUGGUACAGCCUGCCAAGGAACUUCACCCAUGUGGAUGCUGUUUAUGAGAGGCUUGACAAGAAAAUUGUUUUCUUCAUUGGAAGGCAGUACUUUGUAUAUGAUGCAAACACACUAAUGCAUGGCUACCCAAGGCCUUUAACAGACCUUGGUCUGCCAGAAACUUUGGACAGGGUGGAUGCUGCAAUGGUUUGGGGACACAAUAAGAAAACUUACUUUUACAGUGGCACCAUGUAUUGGAGAUUUGAUGAAGAUGUUGGCAAGGUGGAACUUGACUACCCACGGGACAUGUCCAUGUGGCGUGGUGUUGGUUACAAUGUGGAUGCUGUUUUCCAGUGGAAAGAUGGAAAAACAUACUUCUUUAAAGGAAAAGGUUUCUGGAAGUUCAACGACCAAUACAUGCGUGUGGAGAGUGAGAAGCCAAUGCAGUCAUCAGUAUUCUGGAUGGGCUGCCCACCAGGCAUUGAGGGUGAAGCUACAGGCUCAGACGGAGAGACAAAUGAAAUAGAUGAGACGGACCAUCAUGCAGAAGCAGAAGUUGGUUCUGAAGCAACAAGCUUUUUUAAUGGCUCUAUUACAGUUCUUUUAACAAUAGCCCUCCUAUGUUUUCAAGUAUUGUGAGAUUCAUCUUGUCAGGGUAAACUUUUCUAUGUGCAAAAUAGCCUCACUCCUACACUUCAGGUAACAAGUGAUGUCUCCAAAAGUAUAAAUUUAAAACUUUGUAAGGACAUGCAGUGAUUUGUUUUUCAUUUUGGGAAACUUCAGAACCACAUCUUUUUUUUACUUACUAGAGCAUCCACAUCAUAAUUAAUUACUCUGAAUUGUAAAUAUUGUAAUUUGUAACACCCAUAAACUGCCAAUAUCAAAUGAGUGCAUGGAGUGAGUUAAUUUAGAAGUACUAUUCUUGCUGUCAUGUUUGUGGUUCAUCUUGGAAUUCAAAAUCUUGUGUGUGGGAGAGAACUGCUGACAUAUAGUAUAAAGAAAUGACAGCAUUAUUUUACAAAUAUGAAAGAUCUCUGACAUUUCACAUUCUGCGAAAUGUAUUCACCCAUUUGCUGAUGUCUACAUUAGAUGUCAAAUGGGAGCAUGUAAAAAUUGUACUAAAAUUUUUUAGUGGAGAUAAGCAGCAUCCAUUUAUAUUUUCAUGUUGCGAGAUUGUAAAUAAAAUUGUACUUUAAAGAUGUACAUUUGGGGUGCUAAGGCUGGCUUUACACCUUACUAUGUGUGUUUUCUUGGAAUUUCAGUGUAAUACAGUUGUGUGUUCUUAUUAUUAUGCCAUCUGUUUAAAACAAAAGUGACUGAUCGAAUUAUGGACCAUAGCUUGUUCCAUAAGUUGUGAAAGAAAAUACUACAAAUGGAUAUAACACACUUUCAUUUACAAAACAUUCCCUAUCCACAAACAUGUCCAACUACUUUUGUAUGUAUCUGUAGUUGGUUAAAAAUUUAUGGUGAUAACUGUAAUGGGGUUGGUGGAGCAGUCUACCAACAGCAUUUAUUUCCCUCCCACUGUAUUUUCAUAUUGUGUGUGCCUGGGAACUCUAUGCAGUGAAAACAUUAGUAAAUAUGUCUGCGUAUCAUAAUUCACAGAAGUAACUAAAUUAAAUUUCACUAUGAGUAAUGACCUCUUGAUUGCCAUACCUCAUGUAGACAUCAAUUUAUUACCCUGAAAACCAAGACACUUAACAUAAAUGAUUCACUGCCAUUUUUGUCUAUGUGUAUGAAUGAGACAGUAGCAUUCUUAUUUAUUAAUAAGUUCUUAAGUUAGAUUACAAGUUUUAACUGAGCUAGAUGGCAAUUCUCACUGCAUAGAAUGAAAACAGUUGCUCAACCAGUUAUUAGUGCUCCACUCAAAUUAGCCACUGAAAGUCAUUGUUGAAAAUUCUUGAUGUUCAGAGAAUAAAUAUUUUUUGUUCAAAGUGAGAUUCAAUCUGUGCUAUAAUAAUGUAAAAUAAAUAAGAUACCCUUUCAUAUUAUCAAUAAAUUAGUUAUAGUUCUAGAUUUAGCUAUGUGCUCAUGAGUGAUUCAUACAUUUCCUGUCAGUUGCAAAAUAGGUUACUUACUGAUUUCAACAAUGUCUCAGAAUCCAGUGUCCUAUUCAGUUUAAGUAAAACUUUUUGCUGAGCAAGAAGAAUAACAGGCCCUUUUUUUCACUUUUUUUUUGGGGGGGGGGGGCGGCUGUGUUGUCUAUAUUCAUUAAUGGAGGAACACACCGAAUUGACCCUUUUCACAAGUUUUUGGUGUAUCUGUUUCAUUGGAGAACAUUACUUUUGUGUGCUAUUUCAUAGUUUAAGAGUAUAAACCACAGUUCAUUUGUAUGAAGCAACAAGUACUGUGUUUUUGAUCAGGAAAAGUAUUCUUCAAAAUGUGGCACAAUUUAUGCCUUUGACCAUUUGGUAUUUUGCUAAACUUAAUUUCUCCGUCUAAACCUACAGACUAGAUGUGUAAAAUAGGCCUUCGUUUACAGUCACUCAUUUUACUGGAAACUGUUUUUUACAUGCCAGCACAGUGAAGACUGUUCUAACUUUCCCUCAUACGGACACUGAUUUCAGGGAAAAAUAUUUGAAAAGAGCACUCAUAACUGUAACAGUAUUUAAAAAUUGGAAAGAAACUGAAAUAAUCUUAGGAGAAAUUUGUAUAUGCAUUUUAUUCUUGAGACAGAAUCAUUUGUGCCUUAAGCUUUUACACAAUUUGCUGUUUUUCCAGCCUAUUUUUUAUGUAAGAAACAGAAAAAAGUAAGAGCAGAUAUUCAAUGCUUUUGAUCACUUACAGAAAGACUGAGAUGUAUAUUUAUUUAUUGCUAAACUCUUUACAAUUUUAAAAUUUUUAAUAAAUGUUAUUUUGUGAAUAAACUGUUAAGAGUAUUACUUGUAAAAUUUUUUAACCACAAAAGUUAUUUAACAAGCUUGUUUGAAUUAAGUGGUUCAAAAUGUUGGCACUAUAUUAUGGAUGAAAUUGUUAAACUGGACAGCACGUUAAGACCAUUAUUGAAUUUAUAAACUUUUGAAGUCAAGUAGAAUGCCUUUAUAUGUAAGAGAAAUGAAGAAGACAGAGACGAUAAUGUAUAAAAUUUACAGGCAUUCUCUUCAUGCUUAUAUUUUACAAUGGAAUACUAAAAGAGGGAAAUUAAUUUCCUCUUAAGAAGAGGGAAAAUGAGUUUCUGAAGACAGUUUUAUUUGGCUCAUGCUUUUUCAGAAUCAACUACCAGUUUGUGCUUAUAUCUCUAGUGACUGUAUUCCAUUUGGAUUUAUAGGAAUUAGAACUACUUGGCUGUACAAAACGUUCUGUGUAAAUCUGAAAUCAGUGCCAUAAGGAAAUUCAACUUUGCAUGUGGGUAAACGAAACAUAUUAACUAAAUAUGUGCCAUUUUUGUCUCAUGAAAAACUGUUUGUUUUCAGUUUCAGUAAUAUACAUGAUCAUUUUUACACAAGAGAAGUAAUUAUAUUGGCUGUGUGUAAAUGGAAAGAUUGUAACUAUUUAGUUUGUAAUUACUGUGAUAUUUAUUAUUUUAUGGAAGUGUAAAAACUGUAUGUAAAGAUGUGUAUAUUUCAGAACCUGAAUAAACUGAAACCUGUUAUGAA